AUGAGUAAACGACCUCCUAACGAACAAGAGAGUCGCUUGCAUCAAGCGGCUCUCGCGUCCUCUAAAAAGGAACUCACUGCUCGACAGGCGGAAUCAAUCAUCCCCGACCCGGCUGCUCGACAGCAAGCUCUUAAUUUUCUGCUGGGAGUGGGUCUUCUCAAAGGAUUGACAAAUUCGUCGGGCCAAUUGUCAUUCAGAGCUGUGAGCAAGGAGGAAAUUGUCGCGACCAAAGGUCUGACUGGUGAAGAGAAUCUGGUCCUGAGCCAUAUCAAAAGUUCUGGGAACGAAGGAAUCUGGACGAAACACUUGAAAGCUAAAACUAGCCUUCAUCAGACCGUCAUUGAAAGAUGUCUGAAGACACUAACCCAGAAACGACUCAUAAAGCGUGUACCCUCAGUGCAGCAUAUCACAAGGAAAAUUUAUAUGUUGGAGGGGAUCGAGCCCUCUAUAUCACUGACAGGUGGCCCCUGGUACACGGACAAUGAAUUAGAUACAGAAUUUAUCCAAAAUUUAACCGAGGCAUGCUAUAAAUUAAUCAGCGAUAUCAGCUUCCCGAAGCGCAGAAAUGGCUCUGAAAAUGCUCUCUACCCUAUCUCAAACGCGCCACGAUAUCCCACAGCCGAAAAUAUCAGGCAUUCUCUUCGAAAGGCACGACUUACAGAAACGGAUCUGAGUGUGGAACACGUUGAAAUGCUUCUCAAUGUUCUCAUCUUGGAUGGUAAAAUUGAAAAGAUCCCCGCAUUUGGAAGUGCGCUGUGGAACUCUGAAGCAAUCGGUGAUGGCGACUCGGGCGACGAAGAAAAAUCAUCUCGCAAGAAGAAACGCAAAAAGCGAGACGAUGACUCUGACGAUGAAGACCUAAAGACGAAGAAAAAACGCAAGAAGUUGGCUAUAUCUGACGACGAAAUCGAAUCUUCAGACGAAGAAAGUAGCAAGAAGAAGAAGAAGAAGAAAAAGUCCAAAACAAAAUCAACUGACUCUGAUUCCGACUCUGAAACCGAGAAAAAGAAGAAAAAGAAAAAGAAAAGGGCCCAUUCAUCAAGCUCUGAAAGUUCGUCCGAGGAUGAAGCCCGCCAUCGAAAAAAGAGCAAGAAAAAGCAGAAACACGUCUCUGAGAGCGAAUCGUCUUCAGAGGACACUGAUUCAGAAUCACGCAGAAAAAAGCACAAAUCCUCGAAGCGCUCAGAAACUCCAAACGCGGAUUUUGACGCGUUUGAUACCAGUUCUGGUGGUUCCGUUUAUCGUGCUUUGAAGGAACAUGUGGCCUCUAUAGGCUUGCUGGAGUCCCCUUGUGGACUUUGCCCGUCCUUCGAGUUCUGUAAACAGGAUGGACCUGUGAAUCCCAAGGAAUGUGUAUACUAUGGGGAUUGGUUAGCUGCGCGGACAAUAGUAAAUAACGAAGAUUCGUGA